UCGUCCGUCUUUGUGCGCAACCUCGCCUUUGACACAACCGACCAGGCGCUCGAGCAGCACUUUGGCUCGGUCGGCCCGGUGCGCGAGGCGUGGGUCGUGCGCGACCGCAAGACCAAAGAGAGCCGCGGUUUCGGCUUUGUCGGCUUUGUGCUGGCUGACGACGCACAGCGCGCUGUCCAGGAGCAAAACGGCUCGCUGCUGGGCGGUCGCAAGAUCACUGUCGAUCUCGCAAAGAAGAAG